AUGGCUGUUCCCUCUCCCACCUCCAUCAUCCACAACACCGUUCACCAGCAGCCCGUCGGUUCCACUAGACGCCCUCGCACCCCUGCCAUCACCCCCUCGCUCAACCAGAGCGAUAAAGGGGACGUCAGAACAGUCUUCGAUGCUCUUGAUGAGAUCGAUAAGGAAAGCACAAACACGCUUCGUUUCGUGUUUGAUGCUGGAUUUGAUGCAUUUGUCCAGCAGCUGUUGGACGUCCUGCAUGUACCUGGACUCAGUCUAGCUGUGGUCCGUAGAGACACCUACGAGUCGAAGGGCUACGGCUUUGCAAAACUACCCGACGUCGAGGCUACACCAGACACGUUAUGGUUCACAGGCAGCACGACCAAGGCAUUCACAGCGGCGGCCGCAGCGCUCAUAGUGCACGAUGAGAUUGAUUUUCCUGAUAUCAGCUGGUCGAGCCCACUUGCUUCGCUCUUGCCGUGGUAUUAUGCUCUCGAGGACGAGUAUUACACUUCUCACAUAACACUCGAGGACGCUCUCUCUCAUCGAUCGGGCUUGCCUAGGCAUGAUCUUGCGUACGGCUGGGACCAUGCCGAUGCGGUCGAUGUUAUUCUCUCCAUGAGAAAUCUCCCCUUGACCGCGCAACCUAGGACCAAAUGGCAAUAUUGUAACCUCAUGUAUGCAACGGUCGGACAAGGGCUCGCUAUGCUAGGCAAUCUCCGGUUUGGUGACAUGUUGCGGAAGCUUAUCUGGGAGCCAAUCGGGAUGAUAUCAACCACCGCCUCUCUGGAGGAAGCCAAAGCCUCCAGAGACCCUUUCGGGAGGCCUAAGCUGUCCAGGGGUUACUUUUGGAACGAGGACCACUACAUUCCAGAGCCCUACCCUGAUCUCGCAGCCGCAGCGGGAGCUGGCGCCGCCAUAUCUUCGGUCAAUGACUAUGCUUCAUGGAUACAGGCAUUGCUGAAAGCUGGCAGCAACGAUUCUUCUCCGAUAAGCGACGCCAUAUACCGAGACAUGACCAGAGCGCGAACAAUCAUAAACGAGAUUGUCCCUGGAGCCCCUGUUCAACCUAUACCACCUCUCUACGCACUUGGCUGGAUCAAUACUAUGAUAGGCUCACACACCCUCAUCACACAUUCAGGAGCCGUAACUGGCUUUGGCGCAAACGUCUACCUCUUACCUGAUCUGGGAGUUGGGGUCGUCACCAUGGCAAAUACAAUGGGUAGCAGUAAUCAGGUCGGCGCAUUGAUUUUUCUGCAAAUUUUGAAGAAGCUGGGCGUCGUACUUCCGCCACAUGAUGCAAUUCAUCUAGACUCAUUGCACGAGACCGUCGUUACUAGCCCAAAGUUCUAUCAGCAAGGUUCCAAGAAAGUCAAGAGCGAGCGCGUCUCGGCUGGUUCGAAGUUGCCUCUUCCUGGGCAUCUAAGGGAGUAUGUCGGUCUGUAUCGUCAUCCCGCCUAUGGAGUGUUCAAUGUGUCUCUAGUCGGCGAUCAACCCACUUCUUACAGAACACGCACUCCCAACGCUCAAGAUCCAAUUUUGUCCGCCCCGGCCGAGAUCUCGCUACACAUCCAACCUUCGAACAGGACAUGGCCAUAUGAGAUUACCCUCAAGCACGAGAGCGACACUCUAUUCGCAGCUGAAUGUUUUUGGGUCCAUGGUCAAGGUGACGUCGGCGACGAUUGUGCCCAAGACGACACGACGAAACCAGGAAGCUCCAAGGAUAUUUGUCGUCAAGGAGUUUUCCUCGACUCAUUGUACAGAGCUAAAGCUGUCUUCGAACGGGAUCUCAAUGGCGAAGUGACGAAAUUGGGCAUCGAACUUGAGCCAGAGAUGUUCUUGUCAAAAGAUGAGGGCAAAUGGAGAGAAGGGAUGAUAUGGUUCGAGAAGUAG